CACAUCGAGGACCAGGAACAAGAAGAACAAAGUAGAGAGCUCUUCGUCGACUCCUAGCACAUCGAGGACCAGGAAUAAGAAGAACAAACAUCAGCAACAUGGUGAAAAUUUACCAUUAUGGCAAGUGCCUGAGUUGAAUGACGAGGGGCUAGAAAUCUUCAGCGGCUUCUCUGAGGAUCACCUUCCCGGAUACUUGCAGGUUGAUACUUCUGAAGAUGCUCGUGUAUCAGAGAAAGACUUAUUGAAGUUUCUGUGGGAACAGUCUCUAGAGGAGGUUGAUGUCGGACAGAAUCAGAAGUCAGGACGACUGGGAGAACAAGUCUCGUCUACGGCUGGUUGUAGUUCAUCUAGGUCUGCUCCUCCAGGUGGACGACAAGGGGACGAUAUAAGGACAAGAGGGAGACUAUGCUUUGACUUCGUCGAUAGCCGAGGGCUUGACACCAACCGCAAGUGGAGUCCAGGACGGAGC